CAUAAUAAUAAAUGUUUUUAUUUUCUUUCUUGAAACCAACCAAGUACACUCUUGGAACAAGCCAACAAGGUGGCAAUAUACUAAACUAAACAACACCCAUUUGAUCAGGGUCUUCCUUCUUCUGCACAACCUUUCUCUCUCCUCUCUGAAUCUUCUUCUCCACUCUUCAAACACCAUAUUUAUUUAGGGUUUAUUUUCCACUAAAAGUAUCAGUUAAAGAAGUUGCAGAAGCUCAAAAACACAAAAAAUGAGUGUUUCAAAGUUCAUAAAAUGUGUCACUGUUGGUGAUGGAGCUGUUGGCAAAACUUGUAUGCUCAUUUGUUACACCAGCAACAAGUUUCCUACUGAUUAUGUUCCAACAGUUUUUGACAAUUUCAGUGCUAAUGUGGCUGUUGAUGGAAACAUUGUCAACUUGGGAUUAUGGGAUACUGCUGGCCAGGAAGAUUAUAGUAGAUUAAGGCCCCUAAGCUACAGAGGUGCAGAUGUAUUUUUGUUAGCUUUCUCUUUAAUCAGUACGGCAAGCUAUGAAAAUGUCUUGAAAAAGUGGAUGCCUGAACUUCGACGAUUUGCUCCAAAUGUUCCAGUAGUACUUGUGGGGACAAAAUUAGAUCUUCGCAAUGACAAUCGAUAUUUAGCUGAUCAUAUGGGUUCUAAUGUUAUUACAUCUGCCCAGGGUGAGGAACUGAGGAAACAAAUUGGUGCAGCUGCUUAUAUCGAAUGCAGCUCGAAAACUCAACAGAAUGUCAAAUCGGUUUUUGAUACGGCCAUUAAGGUUGUUCUUCAACCUCCAAGGCGGAAAGAGGUGAUGAGGCAGAAUAGGCGUAGAAGCUCCUCCGGUUGCUCGAUCAUGAGCAUUAUGUGUGGUGGUUGUGCUGCGUAGGGGCUUCCGUGUAGGAUCUUUGAUGUCGGUUUUGUUAAUUUUCAGACUAGCGGAUUUAUUUUGAUGGAUUUAUGUGUGAAUGUUUCUAGUUGCAGUUGAUAUAGUUUGAUGAUUUAGUGUUUUUGCUGCUGGCUGCUUUUGAAGUUUGUAUGAAUAAAUGUAUGUAAAACUGUGGCGGUGUAUGUUUCUGUUAAUGGUUUAGUUUGCAUA